CGGGGACUCCGCCCCUUUCCCGAGCGCACCCGACCGAUGCCGGAGAUUGCCGAGUGUCCGUCCUGCCGGACUGCUGGAGGCGGACGCAGCGCCAUGUUGGAUGCUCCGGUCUCUGAGUGAGGAAAAUCACCGGUAUCUCCCGCAUUCCUCAGACCGACAGCGGCUCCCGUGUCCUCCCGGCCGCGCUCCCAUGAGGGUCCGCCCCUGAGCCCGGUCCGGCCAUGAGUUUACCGCACAAGCCGGCCCUGAAAUCCGCCGCACCCACCGGAGCCGGGACCGGGGUGCUGGGGCCUUCCGCCACCGUGCCCGCUGCUGUGCCCAGCUCCGCCGUGCCUGCUCCUCCCCCUCCGGCCUCCGUAGCCGCUUCACAUCCCGGGAUCCGGGCCCUGCAACCGCCGCCUGCUGCAACCCUCUCCCGGGGUGGGCUGCCGCAGGGCCUGGACGAGCGCAUCUUCUCCCCCUCAGCGGUCUCUGCCGUCUACAGUACGGUCGCUGCGCAGGUGGCGAGACAGCCCGGGCCCCCUGCCCCCUCACCUUAUUCUACCCAUGACUUGACCAAGGGCCAUCCGAACCUGGCCGCAACCCCACCAGGACAUGCUGCUUCUCCAGGACUCUCACAGGCUUCUCUACAUCUCUUGUCACAGGCCUCGUAUGCCACCGGGCCGAGUGCAGCGGCCCCCACUCUCGUGUACCCUCAGCCGCCCCAGACGAUGAGUACGCAGCCACAGACCCGCACUCCGUUUGCAGCUGGACCCCGACCGACACAUCACCAGGGAGGAUUCAGACCCAUCCAGUUUUUCCAGAGGCCCCAGAUCCAGCCUCCUCGUGCAGCCAUACAGAACAGCAACCCCUCCAUCCGGGCGAGCGCACAGACCCCCACGGCCGCCGUCUAUCAGACCAACCAGCACAUCAUGAUGGUGAAUCACCUGCCCAUGCCGUACGCUAUGCCGCAGGGUCCGCAGUACUGUAUCCCUCAGUAUCGACACAGCACCCCCCCUUAUGUGGGACCCCCUCAGCAGUACCCUGUGCAGCCCCCAGGACCUAACCCGUUCUAUCCAGGCCCUGGACCCGGCGAGUUCCCCUCCCCGUACGGAAACCCGUUUUACCCCAGUCAGCCGGUGUAUCAGUCAGCGCCGAUCAUAGUGCCUACACAGCAGCCGCAGCAGCCCCCGCCGCCCACCAAGAGGGAGAAGAAGACGAUCCGAAUAAGAGACCCCAACCAGGGCGGCAAAGACAUCACCGAGGAAAUCAUGUCCGGGGGAGGAAGCCGAAAUCCCACCCCCCCAAUCCUUCGGCCAAGCUCCACCCCGACCCCACCUCAGUUUUUCUGUUCUCGCGCACAUUAUCACCCUCUUUUGUACUUCAAAUCCCAGCAGCUGCCCAGCCAGGCUCCUGAGCACAGCCCAGUGGUGUAUGGGGCUGUGGAGAGCCCUCAUCUCACUGCCACCCGGGACGACAAAGCAGAGGAGAAGCCAAAACCAGAGGUCAUCCUGAAGCCCUCUCCUCCUGCCCCUCUGCGCCCCGAACCCAGUGAUCAUGGCAAGUGUGCCGUGCCGGAACAGAUGCCCGACCCCGUAUCUGCAGACUCCAGGCCCGAGCUCCAUCAGACGUCCGGCAUGUUACCCGUCGUGGUCGCUCCGGUGGUGGUCGCCACAGCUCCAGCCUUUCCUCCCUGCCCCUUAGGGGACGGUGAUGACGCGUCCCAGGAGUCCACGUCUCUGGAUGAAGCUGCCGCCAUCGCUGCUGAUGAUGACGUUGAGGAGGAGCUAUGCAAGGAACCACUGGGGCCCCCCGUGACGGCUGCUGACACCCCAGUGACUGCUCAGGAAAUGAAUGGCAUAAGCUAUGAACUUCCAACUACGGACAAUUCUGUGGGGGAAAAAGCAAUGGGGGAAGAAGCUUCAGCGGAUGUGCCCGAGCUGGCGCCCCCAACAGAUCUGAGCAUAGAAUGCACUUCUCCAAACGUGCCUCUAUCAUCACCACUACAGUCAGAUUCCCCUCCUCCUCCUCUCAUAGCUGCUGCUCACUGCACCACUAAAACCUCUCCUCCUGCUGCUGUUCUUCCAUGCAUCGUCCCCGACCUUGUGGACGAGCAGGAGGAUCCCAGGACUGUCAUUCUGGAAGGGAGCGGGGACUCUGCAAGUAUUGGACGAGUAGACGCCGAGUCCGAGCUGGAAACUAGCGUGACGCUUCUCAGCUUCAGCACCAGGAAGAGUCCUGUGGAAGCCCAGACCGUCGCAGCUUCACCAAAGAUGUGGCAGAAGCCAAAAGACGAGAGUGCGGACACCGAGGAGGUUGUGCCACCAAAUGCUGAGGAGCAGAGGGAGACGGCAGAGAAGGUGGAGGAGGAGGAGGAUGGCGGUGUCAGCGCAGAGGCGGAGCACCCGUACCUUAAUGCUAAGCUGCUGGAGGAGAACGGCGAAACGGAACCGCUGCGCAACGGGGCAGACAGCAUCUCCGAAGGUGAAGGAGGAGAAACGACCAGUCCAGAGGAAGGAUACGUGUAUACAGCAGGAUCAGGAUCAGCGGAGUCGCCCUCCCAGGAAUCCUCUGCGGAUGUUCCGGCACCUCCAGCCUCUAAUGUGCAGAGUGAUGGAAAGCGUCAGUACGAUCGGGAUUUCCUCCUGGGGUUCCAGUUUAUGCCGGCAUGUGUACAGAAGCCCGAAGGAUUGCCCCCCAUCAGCGAUGUGGUCCUGGACAAAAUCAAUCAGCCAAAGCUCCCAAUGAGGACCCUGGACCCUCGCAUGCUGCAGAAGGGACCAGACUUCACUCCGGCCUAUGCAGACUUUGGCCGGUUAUCCCCCGGAGGUCGCGGAGUACCUUUGCUGAAUAUUGGGGGUCCCAGACGUUCUCAGACAGGGCAGAGGCGAGAGCCCCGAAAAAUAAUCAUGAACAUUUCUGUGACUGAAGACGUCCACCUGAAGAAAGCCGAGAAUGCGUGGAAGCCCAACGUCAAAAGGGACUCCCAGCCGGAGGACCCGGAGAGCAUCAGGACACAGGCUCUUUUCCGGAAGGUUCGGAGCAUCUUGAACAAAUUGACACCUCAGAUGUUUAACCAGUUAAUGAAGCAGGUGAUGGAUCUGACGGUGGACACGGACGAGCGACUAAAAGGGGUGAUAGACCUGGUGUUUGAGAAGGCCAUAGAUGAACCCAGCUUUUCCGUGGCCUAUGCCAACAUGUGCCGAUGCCUCGCCACGUUAAAAGUACCGAUGGCCGACAAGCCCGGUAGCACUGUGAACUUCCGCAAGUUACUGCUCAACCGAUGUCAGAAGGAGUUCGAGAAGGACAAAGCCGACGACGACGUCUUCGAGAAGAAACAGAAGGACCUGGAAUUGGCUACAACCCAGCCGGAGGAGAAGAAGCGUCUACAGGAAGAACUUGAAGAAGCCAGAGACAAGGCCCGACGGAGAUCCAUAGGGAACAUUAAGUUUAUCGGGGAACUUUUUAAGCUGAAGAUGCUGACGGAGGCGAUAAUGCACGACUGCGUGGUGAAACUGCUAAAAAACCACGACGAGGAGUCCCUGGAGUGUCUGUGCCGCCUGCUCACCACCAUCGGCAAAGAUCUGGACUUUGAGAAGGCAAAGCCUCGUAUGGAUCAGUACUUCAACCAGAUGGAGAAGAUUGUGAAGGAGCGGAAGACGUCGUCCCGGAUCCGCUUCAUGCUGCAGGAUGUCAUAGACCUGAGGCUGUGUAACUGGGUGUCGCGCAGAGUGGAGCAGGGCCCCAAAACCAUAGAACAGAUCCACAAGGAGGCCAAAAUAGAAGAGCAGGAGGAGCAGAGGAAAGUGCAGCAACUGAUGACCAAAGAGAAGAGGCGGCCAGGAGUGCAGAGAGUGGAGGAGGGUGGAUGGAACAUGGUCCAAAGUACCAAGAAUAACCGAGUCCUGGACCCAACCAAGUUCCUGAAGAUCACCAAGCCCACCAUCGAUGAGAAGAUCCAGCUAGUGCCCAAAGCUCAGCUCGGUAGCUGGGGGAAGGGAAGCAGCGGAGGGGCGAAGACCAGCGAGACAGAGUCCUUACGUCCCGGGGCCCCCAGUCUGAACCGAUUCUCUGCCCUGCAACCGUCAGUAUCUUCAGCAAUGUCCUCCUCCAUCUCGGACCUCGAGAGCCGCAGGAUAUUAACAAGCCAUGGUAACACCGGUCGCGAAAGGAACGACAAGCCCGCACCCCCCUCCUCCGCGGUCACCCGCCCCACCAGCUUCCUGCGAGGCAGCAGCACGAAGGACCUAAUAGACCAUCCGGAGGAACAACGGCGGGAAACGCCGCACGCGCCGAAAAACCUGCCUGUGUCCACCGAGCAGGAGAAGGCACCGAGCAUAGAGCGCAAGCUCAAAGAACCCGCCAAGUGUUUGACCCCGGAGUCUGACAAGUCCCCCGUGGCGGAAGAAGAACUGGAAAGAAAAUCCAAGGCCAUUAUAGAUGAGUUCCUGCACAUCAAUGACUAUAAGGAGGCCAUGCAGUGCGUGGAUGAGCUCGCUCUACAGGGGUCGCUUUCCGUCUUUGUUCGGGUGGGCGUAGAGUCUACGCUGGAAAGGAGUCAGAUCACCCGGGAUCACAUGGGACAACUGCUGUAUCAGCUGGUGCAGUCUGGGAAGCUCAACAAGCAGGACUUCUUUACUGGAUUGUCUGAGACGCUUGAGCUGGCUGACGAUAUGGCGAUCGAUAUUCCGCAUAUCUGGCUGUACCUGGCGGAGCUGGUAACCCCCAUGUUAAAGGACGGGGGGAUUUCUUUGAAAGAAUUAAUCACGGAGUUUAACAAGGCGCUGCUCCCUGUGGGACGUACCGGGGUCUUGUUGUCUGAAAUAUUGCACCUUCUAUGCAAACAAAUGAGCCAUAAAAAAGUGGCCGCUUUGUGGAGAGAGACGGGAUUAAGGUGGAAAGAUUUGCUGCCGGAGGGAGAAGACGUACAGAGCUUUGUUAGUGAAAAGAACUUGGAUUUCACGUUGUCGGACUCCUGUAGUCCAUCAGAAAGUCUUUCCAGGAAAGAGCUGACGGCGGAGGAGCUAAACAAGCGGCUAGAGCAGCUCAUCAUUGAGGAGAACGCCAGCGAUGAGCAUAUAUUUGACUGGGUAGAAGCAAAUCUGGAUGAGGGUCAGAUGAGUUCUCCGGCAUUCCUGAGAGCUUUAAUGACCGCAGUGUGCAAAGCGGCAAUAGUAGGGGACUGUUCUUCCUGCCGCGUGGACACUACCUUUCUCAAGCAGAAGGUUCCAGUCUUACUAAAGUACAUGGACUCCAAUGUGGAGAAAGAACUACAAGCACUUUAUGCACUGCAAGCAUUGAUAGUAAAACUUGAUCAACCUCCAAACUUGCUCCGCAUGUUCUUCGACUGUCUGUACGACGAGGAGGUCAUAUCCGAAGACGCCUUCUAUAGGUGGGAAAGCAGUAAAGACCCGGUGGAGCAGAAUGGAAAAGGUGUAGCACUAAAGUCCGUCACUGCCUUUUUCACGUGGCUGCGAGAGGCGGAGGAGGAGUCCGAGGACAACUAGAAACUUAAUCCAAUGGCGUUUUACUGACCGUGCUGCCCGUGAGGAGGGGGAGGAGUCACAGCCAGGGUCACUUUCAGCAACUUUAUAUAAAAAAAAAUUUAAGUUUC